GUGGACAUGCUGGUGAUAGGCGGAGGAAUGGUGUUCACGUUCCUCAAGGCGCGGGGAUUGAGCGUGGGGUCUUCCCUGGUUGAGGACGACAAACUCGACCUCGCGCGCGAGCUGGAGAAGACGGCGGCUUCCAAGGGCGUCGAGAUCAUCUUGCCCACUGACGUGGUGUUGGCCGACUCGUUCUCCGCCGACGCUAACACACAGGUGGCGUCCGUGGACGCCAUCCCCGACGGCUGGAUGGGACUGGACAACGGGCCCGACUCCACCUCGCUCAUCCAGAGUAAGCUGGCCGACUGCAAGACAGUGAUCUGGAACGGGCCGAUGGGAGUGUUCGAGUACGAGGCGUUUGCCAAGGGAACGUUUGCAGUGGCUGAAACUCUUGCAGCGGCCACGGCGAAGGGUUGCAUCACCAUUAUCGGAGGCGGAGACUCGGUGGCUGCUGUCGAACAGGCUGGACUAGCGGACAAGAUGUCGCACAUCUCCACCGGCGGAGGCGCGUCUCUCGAGCUUUUGGAGGGGAAGGUUCUGCCGGGUGUUGCUGCGCUCGACCCCAAGGACUAGUGGAUAUUUAUGCGUUGACAUGUAUUCGAUCCAAUCGAACCUUAGUUGCCAAAUGGGUCCCGAAUUGGUAGGAUGCAAUCCCUUUCCACAGGCGAACCAGCUUCGCUGCUUCUCCGCUUGGCUCUGACUGGUCCCGAUCAAGAACAUUCUGGUCCAGCCCAUGAUCGGCGUUGAUCAUGUCAGAUCACAGCUUCUCAGCACUUGCGUCGUUCGGGCAGAACGGAGGCUACGCUCGUGUAGCAGUAGCGACCACAUCCGCCCAGACUUCCUUUAUUUUGUACGUCGGCGGUGUUUUGCGGCUUUUCGGACGAGAGCGUGGGAGGUUUUAUUUAGCAUAGAGCGGAAAGAGCAGUCGGUCGUUGCCGCCACAUGUACAGUAUUCCCGUAUUAGGGCAAGUUGGCGGCAUUGACCGACAAUCUUUGUUUUGUAGUGUUGUGUUUAUUUACGGCGGCGCGGUGGUAUCUUUGCUUGUUUGCGA